CAUCCAGACUUAGACUUAGACAAACUUUAAUGAUCCACAAGGGAAAUUGUUCAACACAGUAGCUCAGUUACAAUGUUGGAAAGUGUAAGGAUGGAAAGGACAAUGCAGGUAUAAAUAAAAAAUGUUUUUAUCGCUAUAUUAGUCCAACAUAUGUAUAUACGAAUAUAUACAUAAUGUGUACACAUACAACAACAGAAGAAUAAGUGAUUAUUACAUUUUAACAGAAGUGUAGAUAUUAACAGUAAAUGAACAAGUGGAUUGAUAAUCCCUUUUUACAGCUUGUCCUUUAUAAUUUUGACAAAAUAAUAGAAUGAGAAAUGACACAAUAUGUUACUGCAUAUGUCAUCAGAUUAAUUAGGAUUCUUUGUUUUCUUACUUACUACUAAAAGACAAGUUGUAUCGUAUGUUCACUAUUUUAUUUAAGGCCAAACUUGUUAUUUGAUUGCAAUAAGAAACAUAUGUUUAAUGUACCCUAAGAUUAUUUAAAAAAGUAUCGAAAUACAUUUUGGUACUGGUACCGGUGCCAAAAUAUUAGUAUCGGGACAACCCUAGACUAGGUGGAUAUGUACUGUCAGUUUUAGAAAUGUAAUUUUAUUUUAAAAGUGGAACCUAUACAGUAUUUUUUGGAAUAUCCUUUUAUUCCAUAUGUUGUAUGCAUGCAUUCAAAUGUAAGAUUUUGAUAAAGCACUUUAGUAUUUCCCUAACCAGAACAUGGUGGAUCACUUAACAAUCCCUAACCAGGACAGAACAUCAAGUACAGAGAUUUCUCAGCGUGUGAGAGUCACUAAGUAUCCGUACAUGUUGAAAGUCAUCGUACAUCGUGAGGCGUGCGACCCUGCGCAGUAUGAACAGCUGACAUUGCAGAUACCAAGGUCAUUGACUAUAUAAAGAGGGUCCCCGUGCGGCAGUCGUGUGACCAAACCUUAGCUCGGCACCAUGAAGGCCUUCCACGCUCUUCUCCUGUUGGCUUUAAGCCUCUCUGUGGCCCAAGCCCUGCCUUACAAGGCUCUUAACCAGUUCCGGAGAAUGAUCCUGUGUGUGAUGCCUGAUAGCUGGCCCGUCUUCGACUACGCAGACUACGGCUGCUACUGCGGAAAAGGCGGCUCGGGCACACCUGUGGAUGAGCUGGAUAGGUGCUGUUACGUUCACGACAAGUGUUACAGCGAAUCCAUGCAGCAUCCUGACUGCUGGCCCAUUUUCGACAACCCGUACACGGAGUUCUACGACUACAGCUGUGACGAGGACAACAAGAAGGUCACCUGUGGCGACAAAAACAACGAAUGCGAGAUGUUCAUCUGCGAGUGUGACAGGAAGGCGGCGGAGUGUUUUGCCCGGUCGCCAUGGAACCCCGAACACGAGCACUUGCCGGGUCACCUGUGCAAGAAGAUUUUAUCUUGACCCGAGAUCUACAAAGCGGAGAGGAAGCAGGGCCCGAC